GGCUGCACAGUGACAGGAAAGAGCCACUCCUUCUUAUCUGCAGAAAAACAGCUGAACCUCUUCAUCUUUGCCAGGCUGCUUUCCAACACUGGACUGCUCAGUAGUAGUCCCAGGGAACUUUGUCAUCAGAUUUCCUUCUUAAUAUAUAUUUUUUUUAACUUCAGGAGAAAAAAAACAUCACCUGCGCCCUCUGUGCAAGCUACACAAGAGUUACGCCAGGCUUUCUGUCUUGUAUUUUGGCUUAUAGACUGAUCCGUCUAUGGAUACACUGGUCCAAGGUGUGUAUUUUUCUUUCCUAGCUGCCAAGAUGUUUCAUGACCCAGGGGUUUCCCUCCUGUGGGAGACUGGGAUGACUGCACCUGAUCCCCGGAAAGGGGGCUAGGAGAAAAGAUGAAAGCCAACAGCAGGACAAGUAACUACUGAUGACCUGUGCAGCUUAAGUGACAGACUCAAUACUGAAGCUAAAAUACUAAAUACUAGCUAUCUGGAACAUGAGUAGAAGCAACUACCGCUGGAAUGGUGUGGCUAACUCCUAACAACUCUGUGAGAGGUGGGAGGAGAGACUGACUCUCAUACAGAGGGAGGGACUCAGAAAGCAUGGAGCUUCAUUCACUCUGCUAAACAGACACACACACACACACACACACACACACACAUGCUCCGCAAAGCUGUUCUCAGGCUGAGAGAAAAGAGGGGAGCGGAGAAGAGGACAGCACGCUCGCUGAGUGGUGACAGACAGGAAUAACAGAGACACUGAGCGAGGCCAAAGAGGGACAGAGGGGUUCAUCAAACCGUGGAGAGCAGAGAGGUUUCAGAUCCUCUGACUUGUUCCUGAUCUGAUAGAAGAUACACUGAUCCGGGUGGAGGUACCGGACCAUAGCUCCCAGGACCAACCUCCAGGAUGUCCCGGAGGAGGUCUACAGGCGACCUGGUGCCCAGGGACAUCACUGAGAUCUUAGCCCGGGAGGCGAGGGCUCAGCGUGGGCAGAAGAAGCCAGGAAACUCCCUGGGACAGGCCUUCAGCUGGUUAAAGGGGAGCCGCAAGAAGAAGAACAUCAGCAAUGGGCUAAACCGAACUGGUAUUGGUGUGACGGACGCCAAACUGGGAAUUCAGAACCAUGACCCUGCAAAAGCUGGCCCGAAGGGGAAUGAAGACCAGAAGAGGUUGACCGUCCACUACACGACCUCUCAGCACUACCAGGAGAAUGUUUUCAUUGAGGGCAGCAGGCCACAGUACCUGGAGGACCUGCACACUGAGGCCCAGGAAGGGCUCAAGAUACUACAGCAGGAAGAACACAUGAAUGGAAUGAACUUUCCUGACGCUGAGAGCAUUGCUUCCACAGACACUCUGCGUCCGGAGCAGGAUAUCAGCUCCAAGGACGGAGGUGGCUCUCCGGAGUCGAGAUCCACCACCGGGAGUACUGAUACCACACUAACCUCUGCUGUGUCGACUAGGCCUGUGCUCACCCACCAAGGUUCAACAUUUAAGCCUCUGAAUCCAGUAAAAAGAUUAGAUAAGAGCAGGAAGAGGAGCAGGAGGACCACUAUCAUGGGUAUUCCAAACCAGGUCCAGAAAGAGCUCGCAUUGCACAGAAGCUCAACCUUCCAGCAGAUUGUUUCUACCCAGCCCCUUAAUCAUGACGGACAGGUCAGAAACAACCAAUCAGGUGUUGUUAUCAUUCCUACGGUUGAUGGAGGGACUCCAGUAGCGAAUAAGGAGGGAGCAAGGGUGCACCUUUCAGAGCUGGAGCAGGCAUCCAGAGAUGAGCAGCUGCUGAGGAAGCACCUCCAGGCAAUGUACCAAGACGAGCAGCCCUUCAACCACCAGGGCUUUGGCUCCUAUCUCUGCCCCAGCUCAACCCUGAGACCCAAGUCCCUUGCAGUACCUGGCAUGACCACUUCCUCCUCCUUCUCUCCUUCAACAAUAUUUAGCUUCCUCCAGGAACCCCAGGGCCCAGUGAUGUCCAUAUCUCCUCAGGCCACUUACUUGUCUACAAUCAUCCCUAAUGCAGUCUUGCCGGCCUCGAUUGAAGUCAUAGAGAUCGACCGCAGCAGCAGCCGGACACGUGGCAGUAGUGUAAACCAUGGCAGUGUCCGUACUGUAAGCAAAAGCAGCCUGGCUUCCGGGGACUCAUCAGUCAGCCCUUUGUUGUCCAGAAGAUCAGAUGGUGAUGGUUCCCAGACUGACAAUUUCCACAACAACUCCACACUGAUGCCCACAUCGGCUUCGGGGUCGAACUGGAGCGAGUCACAGUCUUCAAAGACUAUUAUUUCAAACUCCUCCCCUGUAUCUUCUAAGGGUAGCACACGUAGUGGUAACUCACAAAGAGUGCGUCUAAAUGGGCAGGAAAGCCAGACAAAGAAGUCUACUGGGGACCAAGACCUUCUCAGUCUCCGUAGCUCAGUUAGCAUGAUUAGCAGCCCCAGCAGUAAAAGUGAAAAUGUUACAGGUCAAGGAUCUGAGACUGGAGUUUCAGGGUCAGUGGCUGCUGUGGAGGAUGCAAAGACCAAGCAGAAUUUCACUCGUAGUCUAUCGGUUAUGAAGACCAAGCAACCCCCUGCACCUCCACGGAGAACAAACUCUCUGCAUUGUAAUAAGAUCAGGAGCAACUCCAGGGUUCCGGUGGAUAGCAAAGAGCUCAAUGACUCUGUGUCUGGAGAGGUGGCAAAUCCCACAGAAAAUAUUAUAGUUAAGGAUGAGAUAAAAUCAUUUACUGCAGAUACCAGUAAGAUCCCCACCCCUGUAUCAAACUCCAGCUCUCUAGAUGCUUCCUCCAGUCCGUUGAGCCCCAUACAGGCCUCUUCCAAUGAGGCAGGAGGAGCAACAGAGCUUCAGCCAGAACCCAUCAGCACUUCCCCACAGAAAACUCCUUCAGAAGGUGGGAAAUUUGAACGGACCAUGUCCCCUUCCAGUGGCUACUCCAGUCAGAGUGGCACCCCGACACUUUCUCCAAAAGGGAUAUCCCCUACCUCCCCUGACAAACAGAUGAAGAAACCGGUCAAACCAGAGAGAUCAGUGUCUCGGGCCUCAUCCUCAGCAGCUUCUCCUUCCUCCUCUCUUACCUCUCUAUCAUCCGGUACAUCUGAGCCUGUCAAUCCAGAUGUUUCCAUAUGUACUCCCAGUCCACGUCCACAGGGAUCUCCACCCGCUGUUGCUGCAAAAGAACUCACUCCGAAUAACAGUUCUCCGACUUUGAGAGUUGAAAUUAGAGAACUGUUGAACAUCCCACCACCUCCCAAAGUCAAAGCACCAUGUUCUCCUCCUCCAGAGACAUGGGUUCACAACAGAUGCACCUUUGAGCUCCUGUGUGGGCCUUGCCCUAAUUUCAGCAAAGUAACCCAGAAACCAGCACAGAUACAGGACAGCACAGUUAAACAAGCAGGAACCCAGACAGAAGCUUUAGUUGAAAAACAUUUAACUAUAGACACAUCUGUCUUAGAAUUGUCAGAAAGCAAAGCAAAGCCUGAGACAUUGUUAGCAACAGGUCCUGAAGGUGUUCAAAAGGAGCUUGAGAAUAGGGAAUGUUCAGGUACCAAUCAAGAGGGAAUGGAAGCAAGUGCAGACGUUCAGAUACAAGAGCAAAGUAGUAGCCCUGUAGUGAAGGCCCCUGAGAGUCAAGAGACAACUCAGAAGAAAGAUCCCCCUCCUGUCAUGAAGAAACCCAUGACACCACUGCACAGAGAGGAAUUGGUGUCAACAGAGCUCUCAGUGGAUAGACAGCAAAAGAAAAUGAGUAGCAGUGCCACAACAGAAGUUAAUUUACCUGUUAAGAACCACACAACCUUCUCACAGAAUGGGGUUAUAGUUUUUGUUGAUAAGAGCGAGAAUGACAUGGUCAAAAGUAAGGUCACAUCCAUGCAGACGCUUUCUGUGGAGGUCCCAAAAAUUAGCAAGGGCUCGCCACCACCUACCCCUCCCCCUGCAUACCACCCUACACCUCCUCUGUCAAGAAAGACACCUCCUUCAUCAGUAUCUAUGCCACCAGAUGAAUUACAGAGAGUACAGGAGGAGAUUCAUGUUGUAGAGUCUUGCUGGCCACCUCCUCCGCCUCCUAUGGAAGGGGACUCAGUCUUUGAUGGAGGAGAUGAGGUUGACUUUCCUCCACCUCCUCCACCAUUUGUGACAGACAGUGUGCCAAAUGUGAUGGACAGUUGUAUCACAGAGCUGGAUGUCUCAAAAAGACCCACGGAAGAAGUUGGAGAGACAAUUGAGGAUUCAAGUGAAUCUGGGACAAUUAAACAAGGCGAAAUUCCAGAUUUGCCUCCUGCUGUUCCACAAACAGUAACUGACACCAAUCCAGAGGUUGUCAUGCAAGUUUCAAAAGCUAACAUCUGUGAUGAGAUUUCUUGCAGACCAGUGCAGCAUUUUUUACCUGUUUCAGACAAUGUCCCACCUCCACCCGUGGAGGCACCUCCUUUGCCACCUAUUACAAGAGCAGAGAACCCAGUAUCAGUCUCUGCUUUAGUUCCUCCCAGCAGUUUCCUGAAGCAAGACUCUCUGAAAAUUGAAGAUCAGUCGUCCUUUGAGUCUCCCGUCACUGCUCAACCUCCAAUUACGGUCCCAGUAGCACCCCCUUUACCAGCAGAGAAUUUAACCCAUGGGGUUAAUUUCAGAAGGCAGCCCAGUGUAGCAAAUCGAGAUGCCAGGAGCAAGGAACUCCUUUCCCGCCACAAAAGUGCACCAAUUCCCAAAGAGGAUGCUAACAUACCUCUAGUCACCCCCUCCCUUCUUCAGAUGGUUCGUCUCAGAUCAGUCAACAUGACUGAAGAUCAGGUGAAAGUUCCAUCAGAGGACAAGUCAACAAACCAGGGAGCUGCAGUUCAGGAGAUUUGCCCGGUCUCAAUUCCAGGACCUCAAAACAUUCCACAGAAGCCCAUCCGCAAGUCUCUAUCACUAAAAUCUCCCCCUCAGACAGUAAAAACAUCCUCUGUGACACUAAACACCCCUUCCAUGCGCUUACAGGAAGCCAUACGUAUGAAAACUGCAGCCAUGUCUUCAAGAGAUGGUCUUCCAUCACGCCUGGGUGUGAGGUCAUCCACUUACAGCUGUGUCAGUGAACAAGGGGCUCUGUCCCUGAAAUCACCUGAAGGAUGUGACAUGCACAAGUCCCCAGCCUCUACCGCCAGCUUUAUCUUUUCUAGAAGUGCAAAAAAGGUUGUCAUAGAGACUGCAGCUGCCUCCUCCCCUGAAGCUCAGGCAAGUCUGAAGCAAAGCUUGGCAACUGAGCUCAUGAAGGUGUCUGACCAUUCAAAGGCCGCCGCUUUCACCAAUGGUGCGGUGAAGUCUGACAAAGUUCCUCCACCAGUAGCUAAGAAACCAGUCCAUGGGAGCAUCAGUCCUACACAGAAUCUUCCUGCUUGUUCUGCAAAGAUGGACUUCAGUGUUGAGGGAAACAGAACAAUAGGAAUACAACAUAUGAGUGGAAUAACACCUCCUGAGACAACAACUACAAGAGUGACAGCGGACACAAUUGAAACACUGUUUUGAAAGAGAUUUGUGAUGAUUAACUAAGGACCUUGCCAGAGGAACAAGCAAAGACUACAAGCAAGUAAAAGGAUAAUUCACAGCAUUGACUGACAUUACAGAGACAUAUAACUCAACUAUCAGAGUGUUGUGUGUGUUAAGUCUUCUCCAAAAGCCUUAGCCUGUAAUGGCCUUCCUACAUAUUUAUGCAAAAAAUGUGUCGCUCCCAAUUUCUUAUGAUAGCUUUAUUCUGGAGUAUUUUUCUAAGCUAUAGUUUAUCUCUUAUUAAGGCCCCUCAGGAUGAAUUGGUGUACAUUGACUGAACUGUAAAUAUUUGGCUUGUGUGAGAUCGCCUCCCAGAGGUAGAUUUAGGUAGUGGUCACUGCAGCUCAGAGAAAAGGAUUUGUCUUCACAAAGCAUUUCUGUACAGAGUUUUACCAUCUGUUAUGUCUUUUUUGCCCUUGUUGUAAUAUAAUACAUAAUUUCCAUGGGGAUUUAAGCAGUUGUCAGAAAAGGCGGACAAUUGCAUCCUACAGGACAAAUCAGCAACACUUCCUUUACUUAAAGAUCUGAGUAAAAAAUUGUCACACUCAGUUUCAGUCCUGCUUUUCACUGUGUGGAUCGAUAUAUCUGGAAUAGUAAAAAAAAGGGAUGCUGCAUACUCACAAGAGGAAGAUAUUUUGUCAGGACAGAGGCACUUUUGUAAAGUUACAGAUGAUAAACCAGUAAGACUUCAUACAGAAAAGCAUCUGAUUACAGCAACUGCUAAAAUGUCAAUUAGUUGCUUCUACUCAAUCUGCACAAUCUCUUCUUGGGUUUAUUAAAAGGUCAGCCCAACACAUUCUGAGAAAUCUUUUAGGAAAACAUUAACACAAGUAUCCUACUUAUUUAUGUGUGGUUGUUUCCACUUGUAGCACUGUCAGUCACCUUUUCCUACCAAAAUAUUUAAGAAUAUAUUUCAUCUGAAAACCACUUUUAGGGCUAUGGGUGUGACUAUUGGCCCUGGUUGAUUGAUACACUGGAAUAGACUUAGUGUGAGGUCAGGGUUUUUAUGAAAUGUCCUGUAUCUAAAAUUUUGGGCCAAGCCUUUUUAGUGGAAAAUCCAGCUCAUCACUAUUUGCACAAAAUGCUUUCCCCCAGCAAAAUCAUUGGUGAGUGAAUUAUACAGACUCUUUGUAAUGGGUUAAAAAUCUACAUCUGAUUAUGAUUAUAAAGACCUAUGUACAGUUAUUACUUCUAUGAAUAAAAUUUAAGUGUAUUAAAAA